AUGGCGAGCUUUACUGCUUUGAGAACAGGCAAGCUUAAGCUUUCCUCAAACGAUAAAACAAAAGAUGUGGAUGCGAUGGAUUUCAAAACUUCAGCAGGCGAUCACCAGAUACAACCGGAGAGUCCGCACGCCUUAGUCUUACCAAAACAUCCUCGGGAUCGCAUGGAAAUUAUGCACGAAACUCCCAGCUCCGAAAAAUCUGCUGCUCCUCAUCCUAGGUCUACCGUCGAAGCAACUGAAAUGGCCGUAGAAAAAGCGAUGAGCGAUGCGCUGAUCUGAAAACGCGUAUCCCGGUUG